CUCUCAGUCUCACCGCUUGGAGUAGAAAGAGAGAGGCAGAGUUCCAGUAGGAUGCUCUCUGUCGAGAGUACGAGGUAGCAGCCGUGGAGGAUAACACACUUUGAAAAAAAAAAUGCACCGAACAGUCCUGAUUCCCCAAACCCCGCAGUGUGUCCUACUAAAAGCGCAUUAAAAGAAACACACAGCGGAACCUUGUCUGCUGUCUUCAAAAGGAAAUUGUCUAUGCUAGAGGGCGGUGGCACUCGCUUUACACUAAAGUGGGUCUGACACCAGUCCUGGGACCCCACGAACCUGUUUUCUUCCCGAGCCAGGAAGAACAAAGCAGAAAGUUCUUGAGCGGUCCUGCCGCAAAGCAGCGGAUUUUGUGUUCCACGAGGAGUUGUUACAUCCUUCGUAUCAUGGGGAAAAGUCAGCAGACUGGACACAUUGGAACAGGACUGGGAUACGUACUGCAAAUGUGCAUCUUACCUGGACUCGCAGUGUUGUUCGUCAUCAGCACGGCUUCCGCUCAAGAUGAUGACUUCCUGAGAGAGCUGCCGGAGACGUUCCCCUCCGAUCCCCCAGAGCCCCUGCCUCACUUCCUGCUGGAGCCCGAGGAGGCCUACAUUGUCAAGAACAAGCCGGUCAACCUCUACUGCAAGGCCACGCCGGCCACGCAGAUCUACUUCAAGUGCAACAGCGAGUGGGUCCACCAGAAGGACCACGUGGUGGAGGAGCGAGUGGACGAGACGUCAGGGCUGGUGGUUCGGGAGGCGAGCAUCGAGAUCUCCCGGCAGCAGGUGGAGGAGCUGUUCGGCCCAGAGGACUACUGGUGCCAGUGCGUGGCCUGGAGCUCGGCGGGCACCACCAAGAGCCGCAAGGCCCAUGUUCGAAUCGCAUAUCUCAGGAAAACCUUUGAGCAGGAACCCUUGGGGAAGGAGGUUUCCCUGGAACAGGAAGUGCUUCUGCAGUGCCGCCCACCUGAGGGGAUACCCGGAGCUGAGGUGGAAUGGUUGAAAAACGAGGACAUAAUUGACCCUUCAGAUGACCGUAAUUUCUACAUCACUAUCGAUCACAACCUGAUCAUCAAGCAGGCCCGGCUGUCAGACACAGCUAACUAUACCUGUGUGGCCAAAAACAUCGUGGCCAAGAGGAGGAGCACCACAGCCACGGUUAUUGUCUAUGUGAAUGGAGGCUGGUCCACCUGGACAGAGUGGUCUGUAUGUAACAGCCGCUGUGGCCGUGGAUAUCAGAAACGUACUCGCAGCUGCACCAACCCAGCCCCCCUGAAUGGAGGAGCUUUCUGUGAGGGACAGAACAUGCAGAAACUGCCCUGCACUACGAUGUGUCCAGUGGAUGGUGCCUGGACAGAGUGGAGCAAGUGGUCCACAUGUGGCACAGAGUGUACCCACUGGAGAAGGAGAGAGUGCGGCGCCCCUGCACCCAAAAAUGGCGGCAAGGAUUGCGAUGGCAUGGUGCUCCAGUCCCAGAACUGCACUGAUGGCUUGUGUAUGCAGAGUUUAUUUUAUCAGAUUUCAACUGAACAGAAAACCCAGAAUGACUUUGGAUUUUCAUCUGCCCCAAGCACAGAUGAUGUUGCCCUUUAUGUUGGCAUUGUCAUUGCUGUGAUCAUGUGCCUGGUGAUUUCGGUGAUAGUGGCGCUGUUUGUUUACCGCAAAAACCACCGAGACUUUGAUUCGGACAUCAUCGACUCUUCGGCUUUAAAUGGAGGAUUCCAGCCUGUCAAUAUCAAGACUGCUAGAACAGCGGACCUGCUGACUGUCCCUCCUGACCUAACGUCCGCGGCCGCCAUGUACCGCGGGCCCGUCUACGCCCUGCACGACGUCUCCGACAAGAUCCCCAUGACCAACUCCCCUCUGCUGGACCCCCUGCCCAACCUGAAGAUCAAAGUGUACAACUCCUCGGGCCUGGUCACCCCACAGGAGGACCUCUCCGACUUCUCCUCCAAGCUGUCGCCCAAGGUCACGCAGUCCCUGCUGGACAAUGAGACCAUGAACCUGCGCAACCAGAGCCUCGCCCGGCAGCGCGACCCCUCCUGCACGGCCGUCGGCUCCUUCAACUCCAUGGGUGGCCACCUCAUCAUCCCAAACUCAGGGGUGAGCUUGCUGGUGCCAGCAGGGGCGAUUCCCCAGGGACGAGUGUAUGAAAUGUAUGUGACAGUUCAUAGAAAAGACAACAUGAGGCCGCCCAUGGAGGACGUGCAGACUGCGCUCAGCCCCGUGGUGAGCUGUGGGCCACUGGGGGCCCUGCUGACCCGCCCGGUCAUCCUGACCAUGCACCACUGCGCGGAGGCCAACACUGAGGACUGGCAGGUCCAGCUGAAGAACCAAUCGCAGCAAGGCCAGUGGGAGGACGUGGUGGUCGUCGGGGAGGAAAACUUCACCACCCCCUGCUACAUCCACAUGGACAUGGAGGCAUGUCACAUCCUCACCGAGACCCUCAGCACCUACUGCCUGGUGGGCCAGUCCAUCAGCAAAGCGGCUGCCAAGCGGCUCAAGCUGGCCAUCUUCGGCCCCAUCACCUGCAGCAGUCUGGAGUACCACAUCCGCGUCUACUGCCUGGACGACACUCAGGACGCCCUCAAGGAGGUUCUACAGAUGGAGAAGCAGAUGGGUGGAAAGCUUUUGGAUGAACCAAAGACUCUUCACUUCAAGGACAGCACCCAUAACCUCCGGCUGUCCAUUCAUGACAUCCCACAUUCCCUCUGGAAGAGCAAGCUUCUGGCCAAGUAUCAGGAAAUUCCAUUCUACCAGAUCUGGAGCGGAUCCCAGCGGAACCAGCACUGCACCUUCACACUGGAGCGGUUCAGCCUGUCCACCGUGGACUUGGCCUGCAAACUGUGCGUCAGGCAGGUGGAAGGAGAGGGGCAGAUAUUCCAGCUGAACAGCACCUUGUCAGAGGACACUCAGAGCAUUGACACAUCCCUCAUGGACCCAGCCAGCAAUAUAACAACUCUUGUAGGACCAAAUGCUUUCCGAAUCCCCCUCUCCAUCCGGCAGAAGCUGUGUGGCAGUCUGGACGCCCCACAGACCAGAGGCAAUGACUGGAGGAUGCUGGCGCAUAAGCUGAAUUUGGACAGGUACCUGAAUUACUUUGCUACCAAGUCCAGCCCUACUGGUGUCAUUCUGGAUCUCUGGGAGGCACAGCACUUUCCUGAUGGGAACUUGAGCACGCUGGCAGCUGUCCUGGAGGAAAUGGGCAGGCACGAGACGGUGGUCUCCCUGGCAACAGAACACUGACAGUGGCUGGAGAACUUGCGAGAAGAUGACAACAUGGCAGAAAACACACAAACACUCAUGGAUCCCCACCAGUCAUUUCUUCUUAAAAAAAUAACAAAAGGUCUUUCAUUUUUUUGAGAAAGAUCCUCUCUAUGAGCUUAUGAAAUUCAAAUCAUGUGCUAUCUGUGAUUUUGAGCUACAAAAAAACUGAGGAUAUUCUUGUUAGCCUGGGCUGUACAUUCCUUGGUACAGAUAAUUUUUUUGGUUGAUUUGGUUCUUUAUACAGUUUCCUAGGGAACGGUUUAUUCUGCUAUCCAUAUAUGUGGAUGAACUUUCCUAAUCCCGAUUCCUAGUGCAUUUAUGCUCUUCGCUGUGGAAGUGUGUAAAGAAACAGAACUUGUGGUAUAAUCCUGACAUGCUUCCCAGCUUCCAAGUCUGAAGGAUAACCAAAUACGGCAUUUAAAGUCUCCUGCGCCUCAUUCUUCAUGUUCCAUUAACCUGAAAUUACAUCUGUACGCAAUACGUUUAUAAAAAAAAAAUCACAUUUAUUUAUAUAUUUUCUUUCAUUGUUAAAAGUAUUUUUAUGCUACGUUAUAUCAUGGUUGUAUUUUCAUUGCUCCUUAUACCGUAUUUUCUUAUUUGCUGUUGCCACCUAGUGGCACAAUGGAAGAACAGCUACAGAUAAUAGACUUGUUCACUCUGUGACUACAAGAUCCAUUAGUGACCUGUAAAUAUAUAUACCAGUUCAAUGCAGUAUCUGUAAACUUUUUACUAUUAUUCUUAUUAUAAUUAUUUUUUUCUUGAUUACUGAUUUAUAAACAAUUUGAAAAGUCACAAUUUGUUAACCCAGACUUUUAUAGUUGUCUGUUUUACAGUAUUUUGAGCUAAACAAAAGUGAACCAUCACUAUCAAUAAAGACGAGCCUACAAAAUUAUUGUGCAUCUAGAACACUAUCAGCGGCCACUUUAAGACAAUACCUGGGUAGAUGGCUCAGGAAAAAACACCUUGCACACUGUGGCCAGACAGAAUUAAUGGUUACCCAAUGUAUGAAUUAUCUUGCAAUAAGUAAAAGUUUUUAGUUUUUCUUAGAAUUUCAAAAUUAGACUACUUUUCUAAGAACCCUUCUCUAUUUAUAACCAUUUCUGAAGAUAUGCAAGCAGAACGAUUCAACAAAAAAGCAACACUUGCAAGAGUUAAAUCUAAGAAUUUAACUGACUUUUUGCAAGACUGGUUUAACAAUUAAUCUGAGCUUUUAGGUUUCUUUUGCUGGAAGAUUCGAGGCCCUUGUGAUUUAGAGUCAAAAAGGUUGGGGAACAGCAAGAAUAGGUUAGUGUCAGAAAUCAUACAAUCAAACACUUAUUCGUCAUUGAAGAAGAGACUAGACAGUUAAAAGAGAGCAAGCAGUUGUAAGCCUAUAAGAAAGCUUACAAAGGAGAGGGAGGGCAUUGGUAGUAGUUAAUUGAUCCCAGGAUCUCAUCCAACUUUUCUUGAAAGAAGCCAGGGUAUCGAGUUCAACCACAUGGCUGGGUAGCUUGCAACAGACUCCCACAACCCUAACUAUUACAAUAUUAACUAAUGUAUUACAAUAGGAGCUAGGUUUUUCUUGUUGUAUUGAAAUGAUUGAAGGGCUCUAAACAUAGUCUUUCAUACAGUUAUUUGAAUUUCAGGAUGAGGUUUAUUCACAAAUGGUGUACAGUUGCUAUAUGUGCUUGAACAUACAGAAGAGGAAAGUAUGCAUCAGUGUUCCUACAGAACUUUCCAGAGGAUUUCAAAACCUAACACUCUUCAAAAACACAUAGAUAGUAGGCUCUGUGCACAUCACCCAAGUUGCCAUUUUUACAAAAUUUUAAAAGCAGUACUUUUAAUACACCAAGACAUCAAAUAAGAUGAUCGCUAAAUGUCCAACGGCAUUCGCCUUCUUUGAGAUGACUGUGAUUAGCCGAUUGUCUUUACGUCUCGGUAGUCAGACGUCUUGACUUGGAGGUGAAGCCACUGUCAAGGGAAGAGACCACGUUUCUGUACCAGCAUUGUUUCUGGACUAUUGGAAUAGAUAUAAGUGCACUCACUAGCCAAAAUAAUAGGACUACCUUCCCAUAAAAUGAACAGGAUGUGUCAGUGUCAAAUAACACAAAGGCAGGAAACCGACUUCCUUCACCUUCCUGGACCUUAACUCACAGACUACAGCUGUACCACAAACCACACACUAUGCUGGGAUAUGCAGUUCAAUCGCACACACCAUUGAAUCCUUAGCACAGCAUCUGAACCACACACAUCUGUUCAUAACAAUUAGGGUUUGGUACUGCAAUCCUGUUUUAUACAGAUCAAAGAGAAACCAAGAGCCUCUUAGUUUCAGAUUCAGAGUAUUUCUUUGCAGCCAUCUAGCAACAAUCAUCACACAUCAUUCGAAGGACAAAUGUGUUUAUUUUGGAUUUUUUCUUAUGCCGCUACGCCUGUUGUUAUUGGUCUAUUUGGCAACAGAUGUUGUACCUGCUUGAGUUGUAUGUUUAAACACUCACAUCUGGCAAAAUGCAUGUGGCUCAACACCGAGACUGAAAAAUACACUAAAGGGAAACCGAAAACAGACAAAACAUUUGGCGUAUUUUUUAGAUAAUGAUGUAAAUGAGUUAUGAUGUACAGAGGUCUAAUUUCAGACAUUUGACCAUUUCAAUUUCAAUAUAUUUAACUAUAGUACAAGUUACCUGUUUGGAAGUUAAGUUUUUUUUGUUAUUUUUCCCUCUUGUAAUAGCUGGCUGAUUUUCAAAAGCUGUGUCUACUAUGCAAACUUGGCAUCCUUUAUAAAAUGUACUAACAGAAAAGUGCUAGCAAUUGCAUUCUUUUUACUUUUUCAGUAUAGUGAUGGUGUGGGUCACUUCCUCUGGCACGCUUCAGAACUCAGUUUCUUGCAAAUGCUUGCAUCUCUUCUGUCAAGUCUAUGUACAAAGUGUAAGAAAGAAUUUUUAAACAAGUAAUAAAUUAUAUUUAUAAGCAACACCUGAAUACA